UCUAUAAAAAAGUUGGGAGACUUUUUAGCAAGUGUUCUCCUUAAAAAACUUAAAACAGCCAUGGACAGGUUUUAUGUUGUACCAUAUGUGCUUCUCAUCUGCUUUACUCGUGCACAAAACAGUGUUUUGCACCCAGGACGAUGCAGAUCUGUCCAGGGAUCCGACGAGGUCAGAGUCACUUGCCUUUAUGCCAGUUUCACACAGUUACCUAGUAAGUCUUUUCCAAGUAAUACUACAAACUUAAAUGUAGAAUAUAGCGAAAUAAACUCCAUGGUGCUGGAUGACCUCAAGCGAUUUCCUCAUCUAAGCGCACUCCAUUUGCUCAGAAACCAACUGGACGUAUUACCUGCGGACCUGCUGAAGGGCCUCUCAAAUCUUCACGUGUUAGACCUUACAGGGAACAAUCUAACAACUUUACCGGCACGGGUGUUUCAUCACUCUCCUCUUGUGGAGCUCACCCUCACAAAUAACCUGCUCUCCGAGGUGAAUGCAGAUUGCAUUCCUGUAAACAGCUCUCUCCAGAGGUUGGAUUUAUCUUCUAACAGGUUCACCCAGAUACCCGUGGCGUUCCUCGAAAGACUUCGCAAUCUUGAAAGCUUGGAUUUAAAAAGCAACCAGCUGGAGGAUCUGUCUCCUGGAGCUCUAAACUCAUUAUCCAAACUCGAAGCUCUUUACCUAGAGAACAACAAACUCAAGUCUUUGGAUGCCUCAGCCUUCAGUGGUAAUCCAAACCUUCACCAGUUGUUUUUGGGUAGCAACCAUUUGGAAAACCUGCCUUCAGGACUCCUUCAUGAGCAGAUACAGCUAGUUUUUCUUGACUUAAGUAAAAACUGCAUGAAAAGUGUGACUCCAGGUGUGUUGGAUAGACGUUUGUAUGUGGCACUUUCUGGUAAUCCCUGGCACUGCGACUCUGGUUUGGCAUAUCUAUGGCAUUGGCUUCGUAAGAAUAGACUUUAUCAUUUUGAUGAGGUCACUUGUCAAUCACCUGAACGCAUGAAGGGUAGAAACAUCACUGAAAUUGAUGAGAAGGAUCUUGGAAUCAAGGCUUCAGUGAAUUACAAAGAAACGGGCGUUAUAAAACACUAGCCUACAUUCACUCCUGAACAAAAUCUUAAAACGUUUGUUCAGCUGACGAACAGCCUGUUAGUUUUUAAUAAAUUGCCUACUCUCUGUUUUUUUGUCUCUUGCUCUCCUGUUUCUUGUUUUUGCAUUUUGAAGCAGUAUUUGUAAUCUGAUUACGAUCCACCUGCGAGAAAUGCGAAUACUUGUAAUGUUUCCUCCGGUUUUAAGAUUUUGUUCAGUAGUGUAUUGCAUUGCAUUGGCAGACCAGAAACGUUUCCGAUUUUUGCCAGCAGAGGGCAGUCUAAUGACGGCAUAUUGACGUCAUUGAACGAAAGUUUUUUAAAAGUGCAUAUAUGUACGUAAGUACAAAAUAAUAUAUUGAAUGUAGAAAAAAAAGUAUUACUGGUGAUUUUAUACAACAGCUCCAAAUACCUAUAAUGAUAAAACUCUCUGAUGAAAAUUCAAGAAAUACAUCACAAUUUAUAAAGGGUUUAUAAAUUUAUAAGAAAAACACACACUGAUUUCACACUUGUCUUGAUACUCAUGAUACUGUAUUCACAAGAAAAAUCAUGCUUUCAUUUGUUGUGAUUCUAUACAUGAUUCAAUUUAAGAGAUACAUUUGUAUUCCAGGAAUUAAACCUAAUUUUAUAUUCAUAAAUGUAUAUAAUCAUCCCAAGGGCUUCCAGAAUUAAAUUUAUAUAGCUUUUUCUUUCCAAUG